AUGUCUCUCAUUCCAGCCGCCCUCAUUACAGCAGGCAGCGCAGGCCUCGGUGCCGCGACGGCCAAGCUCUUCGCCCGCAGCGGCUACAACGUUGUCAUAAACUACGCCAACGACGCCGAGCGCGCGGCCUCCCUGGUCCGCGAACUCAAGUCUCUAUCCCCGUUGCCGGCGGACCAACAGCGCUUCGGCGCCGUUAAGGCAGAUCUUUCCAACAAAUUGGAAACGCCCGGCCUUGUGCAACAAGCCGUCGAGGUGCUUGGGAACGGCCGUCUGGAUGUGGUCUUCUCCAACGGCGGCUGGACGCGGCUGCGCAACAUCGCCGACCUCGACGAUAACGUCGACGAGGACGACUGGGACCGCUGCUUUAACAUGAAUGUCAAGUCGCACCUGUUCCUCAUGCACGCCGCGCGGCCGUAUCUUGACGAGGCCGAGGGCGCCUUCAUCACUACAGCGUCGCUGGCCGGCGUAAAAGUCAGCGGGAGCUCCCUGGCCUACGCGGUGACAAAGGCGGCACAGAUCCACCUCGUGAAGGGCCUCGCGAAAGCAGCCGGCCCGAAGGUGCGAGUGAACAGCAUCUCACCGGGCCUCAUGUUGACGGACUGGGGUCUACAAUUUCCCAAGGAGAAGCAGCAAGCCGCGCGGGACAGCACACCCCUCAAGCGCCUGGCCACAGUCGAGGACGUGGCGGACCAGGUUCUGUGCUUCGCCAGGAGCAGGAGCGUUACCGGCGCCAACGCCAUUAUUGAUGGAGGCCUGAGCAUCUAA